UCCCAGCUUUUGCCUUUGCUUCAGAACUUCUUCCACUUCCACAAGGGGACAUGGAGGAGCGCUACAUCUCCAAACUUAACCCAACAGGGGAUUAUGGAACAGGUGUGUUUCUUCUCAUUAUUGCAAUCUUGACGAUUCUGGGGAAUUCUGCCGUCCUAGCUGUGGCUGUGAAGCGCUCCUCCCGUCUCAGGUCACCUGAGCUCCUUACAGUUAAUUUAGCAGUAACAGAUCUUGGAAUGGCGAUCAGCAUGUAUCCCCUGGCAAUUGCUUCUGCCUGGAACCAUGCCUGGCUGGGUGGAGAUGCUACUUGCGUUUAUUAUGCUUUGAUGGGUUUCCUUUUUGGUGUCUCGAGUAUGAUGACCUUGUCUGUAAUGGCAGUAAUCCGUUUUCUUGUAACCCACUCAUCGAAGUCUAAAAGCAAUAAAAUCAACAGGAAAGUCGUACAUGUUUCUAUUAUAUUGAUUUGGCUAUAUGCAGCACUUUGGGCCAUUCUGCCUUUGCUGGGCUGGGGGCAUUAUGGCCCAGAACCAUUUGGGACUUCCUGCACCAUAGCAUGGAGCCAGUUCCACAACUCGUCCAGUGGGUUUUCCUUCAUCCUGAGCAUGUUCAUUCUAUGCACUAUUCUGCCUGCAAUGACGAUCAUCAUCUGUUACUUGGGUAUUGCUUGGAAAGUUCAUAAAACCUAUCAAGAAAUGCAAAACUUCAACAGGAUUUCAAGUGCAGCAAAGCUGGAGAAGAAGUUGACCCUGAUGGCUGUUCUGAUCAGUGUAGGAUUCCUCGGCGCAUGGACACCAUAUGCGGCAGUCAGCUUCUGGUCAAUAUUUCACUCCAGUGAGUCGAUACCGCACUUCGUUACCUUGCUGCCAUGUCUGUUUGCUAAAUCAUCAACAGCCUACAACCCUUUGAUUUACUACACUUUCAGCAAAACUUUCCGGCGUGAAGUUAAGCAGCUCCAAUGCUGUUGUGGCCAGAAAGUUCAUUUCUUUAACACCAAGAACUCCAUCAAUAGUCAUGUGUCAGUAAUGUGGUUAGGCAGGGGCAAUGUACAUAUUUCUUCAUUCAGAAAAACAGACAGCGGAGAAAUUCCAAACCAAUAAAUAGAAACAAAGGCUGCAAAGGCUAGCUCAAGGUCUAGAUCAUGACAUUUAAUGGUGAAACUCUUCAAAGGGAGCCAUUAAGCUGCUCUUAGGAUUAAUGAAUG